UUGAAGAAUACAAAAAGCGCGAGAAUGAGUGUAGUUGGAUUUGAUUUCGGAAACGAGAAUUGUCUUGUUGCUGUUGCAAGGCAAAGAGGUAUCGACGUUGUGCUUAACGAUGAGUCGAAUCGCGAGACUCCUGCUAUUGUGUGCUUUGGUGAGAAGCAGCGUUUCAUCGGAACCGCAGGAGCUGCUUCGACCAUGAUGAACCCUAAAAACUCCAUAUCCCAAAUCAAGCGACUAGUCGGCCGCCAAUUCUCCGACCCUGAGCUGCAGAGGGACAUCAAAUCUCUCCCCUUUUCCGUCACCGAAUGUCCCGAUGGCUACCCUUUGAUCCGUGCUAACUAUUUGGGAGAGACGAGAUCCUUUACACCCACUCAGGUCAUGGGAAUGAUGCUGUCUAACCUGAAAGGCAUCGCCGAGAAGAAUCUCAACGCGGCGGUGGUGGACUGCUGUAUCGGUAUCCCUGUUUACUUCACCGACCUCCAGCGAAGGGCCGUUCUGGACGCGGCGACGAUCGCAGGCUUGCACCCGCUGCACUUGAUCCACGAGACGACAGCGACGGCUUUGGCGUAUGGUAUUUACAAGACGGAUUUGCCGGAGAGCGAGCCGCUCAACGUCGCGUUCAUCGACAUUGGACAUGCGAGCAUGCAAGUCUGCAUUGCGGGAUUCAAAAAGGGACAGCUCAAGGUCUUGUCUCACGCUUUUGAUCGCUCGCUGGGAGGAAGGGACUUUGACGAGGCUUUGUUCAAUCACUUCGCUGCCAAGUUCAAGGAGGAGUACAAGAUUGAUGUCUCCCAGAACGCCAAGGCCUGUCUCAGGCUCCGAGCUGCGUGCGAGAAGCUGAAGAAGGUUCUAAGCGCAAACCCUGUGGCACCAUUGAAUAUCGAGUGUUUGAUGGACGAGAAGGACGUGAGGGGUGUCAUCAAGAGGGAAGAGUUUGAAGAGAUCAGCAUCCCAAUUCUGGAGCGUGUUAAGAGGCCUCUAGAGAAAGCUCUAUCUGAUGCUGGCCUCACAGUUGAAGAUGUACAUAUGGUGGAGGUUGUUGGCUCUGGCUCUCGUGUCCCUGCUAUUAUCAAGAUCCUAACUGAGUUUUUCGGUAAGGAGCCCAGGCGUACAAUGAAUGCUAGUGAGUGUGUGUCGAGGGGAUGCGCCUUGCAGUGUGCCAUUCUCAGCCCGACCUUCAAAGUUCGCGAGUUCCAGGUUCACGAGAGCUUCCCUUUCUCAAUUUCGCUGGCGUGGAAAGGAGCGGCUUCUGAUGCUCAGAAUGGAGGAGCUGAGAACCAGCAGAGCACUAUUGUUUUCCCCAAAGGAAACUCCAUUCCUAGUGUCAAGGCUCUAACGUUUUUCCGUUCUGGAACAUUCUCUGUCGAUGUUCAGUACAGUGAUGUGACCGAGUUGCAAGCACCUCCAAAAAUCAGCACUUACACGAUUGGUCCCUUCCAGUCAUCUAAAGGCGAGAGGGCAAAGCUUAAAGUGAAAGUGAGAUUGACCCUGCACGGAAUUGUCUCAGUCGAAUCAGCAACUCUUUUGGAAGAGGAGGAAGUUGAAGUUCCGGUCACAAAGGAACAGCCAGGGGAAACCACGAAGAUGGACACUGAGGCAGCUCCUGCUUCUGGUGAAUCCGAUGUUAACAUGCAGGACGCCAAUGAAACCAGUGAUGCAGCUGGCAAUGACAAUGGUGUUCCCGAGCCGGUGCAGAUGGAAACUGAUUCAAAGGCUAGUUUCUCUACUGAACUUAAUGGUGUUGAGGCUCCCAAGAAGAAGGUGAAGAAAACAAAUGUACCUCUGACAGAAUUGGUCUACGGUGCUUUGCAAACCGUGGAUGUCCAAAAGGCUGUGGAGAAAGAGUAUGAGAUGGCUUUGCAAGACAGAGUCAUGGAGGAGACCAAGGACCGGAAGAAUGCUGUCGAGUCCUAUGUUUAUGAUAUGCGAAACAAACUGAGCGACAAAUUCCAUGAAUAUAUCACUGAUUCAGAGAGGGAAGCAUUCCUGGCGAAGCUUCAGGAAGUGGAGGAUUGGUUGUAUGAAGAUGGAGAAGAUGAGACCAAAGGUGUCUAUGUUGCAAAGCUCGAGGAGCUGAAGAAGGUGGGUGACCCUGUCGAGAUGCGUUACAAGGAGUCUCUGGAAAGAGGAUCGGUCAUUGAUCAGCUUGGUUACUGUAUCAACAGCUACAGAGAGGCAGCUGUGUCUAACGAUUCCAAGUUUGACCACAUUGAACUGGCCGAGAAGCAAAAGGUUUUGAACGAGUGUGUGGAAGCGGAAGCAUGGCUAAGGGAGAAGCAGCAGCAGCAGGAGGCGCUUCCCAAGUACGCAACACCAGCUUUCUUAUCAGCUGACGUUACAAGCAAGGCCGAAGCAUUGGACAAGUUGUGCAGGCCUGUAAUGACCAAACCAAAGCCGGCGGCGCCUAAGGUGGAGGCACCACAAGCCAAGGCGGCUGAUGAAGACAAGAGCGAGCCACAGCCAGAGGCAUCUGGGGAAGAACCAAUGGAGACAGAGAAGCCCACACAAGAUAGUGCCUAA